GGAUCCGAAGCAAGCGUGGGGCCACGUUAGCGGGAGCUCUAGCCCAAUUUAGGUAGGGACCUUAGACAUGGGGUACCCGAGUAGCUCUCCCUAACUCUGAAAACCAGCCAGUGGUUUCUUGCAAAAGUGCUUGCUCCUUCAGCUUCAAUUUUACGGCAAACCUAGAACGCCCGUGGCAGAGAGUUAUGUCGUGUGAAGAGUUUUCUUGUUUUUCUUUUCUUCAUUUUUAGAUCAAUCAGACGAAAUUCACUGAUAGGGAAUACGAAGGCGCAAGCAUUUGUUCUCCAGACUCAGAAUUCCGUCAAGUAAGCCCUGAAGGCCAUAUCCCUCGUAGGGACUUAUUUCUCUUUCUCGUUGGCAAUCGCAACCGAAACAAACGCGCCAUAGCCUGACGCUAUCGAUAGGGUCGGAUUUUGACUCUAACACUGCGUGAGGACUAGGACCCUGCAUCGGUACUUGGUAUUGGGCGUGCGUCCCGAAUAAAUUCAAGUCGUUUUUUGGUGGAUAUGGGGUGGGAACUUGAGCCAGCUUAUCCCUUAGCAGGUACGAUCGGCUCGACAUGGAUCAAUGGGAUACGUAGGUACCUUCCUGGGCUACCAAAAAAACGGUCCAGCUUUACCGGCCAUGUGGCUUCGACCGUGAGAAUAAUCUUGCCCACCAUUGAUGACCUUUGCAUUCUUGAAUGAUACAAUAUACUGCUGCGUGUCUCUGUACAAUAUAAAUCACCGGUUUGCAUUUGAGACUUGGCAGCGCAGCGCCCAGAGUCGGGUUGCGCACGUACCGAUCCCUGGCGCAUCGUGUCGCUAGCUCAAGACCGCCAUCAAACCAGCGCAUCACGCAACGCCAUCUUGUGCCCGGUGCCGCCGUUGCGUCUACACCCGGCCUGAACGGCUGCAGCUUCACGAGGCUAUCAUGUUUGAGCGAUUCAAGGGCAUCAAGGGCGCCAUUGAUCGGACGAUCGCUGAGGAACAAGCAAAAGCUAAAGCCCUCGCAGAGCAGAGAGAGGCCGCCAUUUCAGCCUCGUCCUCCCGCCGCUCAGGCUCCACGUCGCGCAGCCGAAAUAACGAGUCCCCAGCACCUCGACCGCGAACGACCAGGAGGACCAGUCAGCUUAACACCGCCACCACGCGGAGUACGGAUACCGAUUCUGCCGAUUUCGACGCCGCAUUCACCAUCGACGACGAAGAAGAAACAAGGAGCUCUGCCGGAGACAAUUCAUCACAGGCUGAUACUUCGCGCCAGGAACCCAGCGGGGGUGGUGGUGCUGCGCAUAAAAAUCCCAAGAUGGAUGGGACUACGACUCCCGAGGGGUCCGAGGGGGCGGGGGCACCUGCUGCCCUCCCUCAGGAGGUUCGUUCCAAGCUGCGCAAGUUGGAGCGGCUGGAGAAGGUUCACGAAGAACUUCUCAAGUCGUACAGAGUUGCCCAUACACGAGUCACGGCGAUCGAAGCCUUUGAACAGGCGCUUAGAGAAAACACGCCUUGCGAGAACAUUAAGGACCCUCAGGUCUUCACUGAAUACCUGAACCAGGUCAAGAUGCAAGGUGACAUGGUCAAAGAGGAACUUCAGCGCGUAUCUUCCGAGAAUGCCACCUUGAAGAAGGAGCUGGAAGAGAGCAAGAGUGAACUUGCGAAGCUCAAAGCCUCCGACCAGCAGCCAACGGAGCAGUCGCCUGCGGACAAGCCAUUACCAGAGGUCAAGGGAGAGCCGGCCAAAGAGGCCGGGGCCACGGAUGCAAGCACGCAACCGACGACCAACUCAGCAGGUAUCAAGUCACCCAUGGUCUCCUCAGUCUUGGGCAUCUUCUCUCCUAAAUCCAAGUCUACCGAAACUUUCGAAUCGGCUCCAGACAAGGACUCUUCCGAAUUCUUUUCAUUCGAGGCUGAGAACUCGCAAUUUGAGUCCCAGCUAGCCGCCAAAACGGAUGAGAUCAAGAGGCUGCAAGAUGAACUGGACAACCUCAAGGCCGAGGUGUCAACAAGCAAGGCUAAGUCAGAGGAGACCAGCGAUGCAACUGCUAAGAUCGAAGCGCUUGAGAAGGAGCUCGCGACCAUUACCGCUCAAAAGGCAGAAGAGAUCGAAAAGCUGGAGACUCAGAUUCGUUCACUAAAAGAAGAGAUCUCUACAAUAACUGCUGCCAAGUCUGCGGAUGAGGAGAAGCUUCAAGCCGAGCUUAAAUCACUGAAGGCAGAUCUUUCGAAAAUGGAAGCUGCGAAAACUGAAGAGGCCAAGAAGCUACAGGAACAACUCCAGUCGACCAAGACAGAGCUCACCAAAGUCGAAGCUGACAAGACUAAAGAGUCCAAGACGCUUCAAGAAGAACUCAAAUCUACCAAGACGGAGCUCUCGACCCUGACGGCUUCCAAGUCAGUCGAGAUCAAGAAACUGGAAGACAAGGCCAAAGAGACGCAGAAAGACCUGUCUGCCGCACAGAAGGCAAAGGAUGAGCUCGCCAAAAAGCUGGAGAAGGCCAAUGCUGACCUAGAGAAUGCAAAGUCACUCAAGAAGGAGCUCGAUAGCCAGAAGGCGGAAGUUUCCAAGUUGACUAAAAAGCUCGGGGAAGCGGAAACACAAGUGCGCGAGCUGACGGAUUCGAAGGACGCGUUGCGCAAAGAACUUGAUGCCGCCAAGACCGAAAAGCCCAUGCCAUCAGCCGAGGCAGAAAAACUUACCGCGGAGACCACACCCUCAGCCGUUGCUUCUGAGUCCCAGGCUAAUUCUUCUUCUUCCAAGAAGAAGAACAAGAAGAAAAAGGGCGGAGCAGCCACCACACCCGCCAGCCAAGCCUCCGCCGACAAGGCUCCUGCCACACCCCAAGCAGCGAUUUCACCAAAGACGGAGGAUACGGUUCCUGUGGCCAAGUAUGACGAGCUCAAAGAGCAGAUAUCCACCCUUGAGCAACAGAUCGCUCAGAAGGAUGAAUCCAUUGAACGUUUGUCAAAGAGGAAGAAGAAUGAGGAUGAUCUUAUUGAAGAGGUUGAAAACAUGAGGGAUAAUCUCCUUCAUAUCGGCCAGGAUAAUGUCGAGGCAAAGGAGAAGAUCAAGGCUCUCGAGGUCGAGAGGGACGAGCUAAAGGCAUGUAUUUCUGUCUUGGAGCAGGAAUUAGACCAGCUCCCGAUUCUGGCAUCCCUUGAUGGUGUAAAUUCAAAGGCUCAAAAGCUCAAAGAAACAUACGAGCAGAUGUUGGCCGAGCAUGAGAAGGCCAGCGGCAAGAAUGAUAAGCUCGCCAAAGACACCGAAAAAAUACGUCAAGAGGCGGAACAAGCGAAAACACAGGAAGCCGAAGUCCGCAAAAUUGUGGAGGCCGUGGAGGCAGAGUUGUCCAAAUUCCCCGAGGUGCCCGCGGAUAAAGGCACCGUCGAGAAGGUGCAAUGGGUCAAGACGCAAUACCAUUCCGUUCAGAAAAGGCAUGAAGAGCUUCAAAAGGCAUCUGAAGAGACAGCGGGCCUAAAGUCAGAACUGGGGGCAUCCCAGCAGCUGGCCCAAAGCCGAUUCAAGGAAAUAUCAGAGCUCAAGGAGAUUUUGCAGAGGGCCCAGCCAGAGUUGAAGAACCUGCGUGCCGAGGCUGCAAAGAUACCCACGCUUAAGGAGCAGAUUGCAGCCAAAGCUUCGGACAUGAUUGCGCUGGAGACCCGCGAAAAGAAUAUCAAGUCGGAGCUCUCGCGGAUGAAGCAGGAUGUAGCUGCUCGUGAUGCGGAACUCAAGACGCUCCGGGAUAAGCUUGCAGCUGAGAACAAGCAAAGGCUACAGCUGGAGAAUGACAAACGGACAGCUGGCCGUGACCUGAGGAGGUCUGAAGCGGAGAAAAUUGAGCUGAGCGCCAAGGAAGAAAAGGCCACCCGUGAACUACACAAGAUCCAGGAUGAAAUGGCAAAGGUCCAGCCGCGGAUCAAAGAGCUCGAGGCGGAGCUGCAGAAACUGAAAAAGGAAAGAGACGACGUCAAGGAGGAGCUACAACUCAAGACUUCACAAUACGCCAACGCACAGAAUCUCCUGGGAAGCAUGCGCGAUCAGUCUGCCGAAUUGGGAACGCAGCUAAAGGAGGCACAAGCAAGGGCUGAAUCGGUCGAGGAAGAACUUGCGGACUGUCAAAAGUUGUUGACCGAGCGCACGCGCGAUGCUGAGACGAUGCGGAGGCUGCUCAAUGAGGCAAACGAGCGUGAGGACGUCAAGAUGCGUGAUAUGCGUGCCCGUCUCGACAAGGCAGAGGAGGAGCGCGACAGGCUGGAGGCCGAAUCUGCCACAGUUGCACGCAAAAAGACUCGCGAGGUCGAGGAACUACGGACCAAGAUCAGGGACUUGGAGCGCGACGCUAAAGCUCUGGCGCUUGAGAAGGAAGACCUUGAGACUCGCGAGAAGGACAGACGGCGCCGGCUUGAGGAGCUCGAGAAGCUCGAGGAGGAAGCACGAGCCGAGGCUGUGGAGUCGCGUGAGGCAGUUGCGCAGUUGCAACAGUCGCUCACGGCAUCGGAGAAGUCGGUGCAGGGUGCGGAGCGUCGCCGCGCAGACCUGCAACGUAUGAUGGAUGAUUACAAGGCACGGUACACCAAAGCCGAAAAGGAUCUCAAAUCGGCAAGGAGCCAGCUCGCCCAGCCUGCAGCUGCAAGUUCCGGACGGAACUCGGUUGAUUCAAGCCGAUCUGGUGGUGCGAACGCCGGCUCCAAUGCACCGACUCCAGAUGUAAACUACAUCAAAACUAUCAUGUUGCAGUUCCUCGAGCAAAAAGACAACAGGCUCCGGGCGGCGCUGGUGCCAGUGCUGGCGCAACUGCUCAAGUUCGACAAAACCGACGAACAAAAAUGGAUGUCUGUAGUCCAGCACAUCAGCUACAAGUAAUGAGAAUCGAUUGUAUGCCCUACCAUGCGGAAAGGCGCAGGGUAAGGGUGAUGGAGCUUGUAAUAUACAACACUUAUAUGCGACUUACAAAGGUCCAACACCCGCUAAGAUUUAGAUGGCUUGAUCUGAAGCCACCAACGCCCCGUAUUCUGCACGAACAGACAUGAAUGGGCAAGUUACGGGUUUGAAUGAAUAAACUUGUCAAUUGCGAAG